UGCCGAGUUAUAUCCAAUUUUAUAUCUGGAAAAAUGUAUAUUUUGAAACUAAAUAUGGAAGUGUGUUCAUUUAUAUAACUUUAAAUUACCAUUAAAAAGUUGAACUCAUUAAGUGUAUUAACUAAUUCGUGGUGUUGUUUUUCUUCAAAAAGUCCAAAAUGGUACUUCUAGCCGUAUCCUUGCUGCUCCUAAAGUGCAUCUUCCUGGCGAGUGCACUUGAAAACUUAUGUCCACCUAUUGAAGAUUUAGAACCUUGUGGAUGCGUGAGUGAUGGUAAAUCUAUCCGAGUGGACUGCAUGGCGGUUACAGACGUCGACGAACUCAGAAGAGCAUUGCAAAGUGUGAAAGGUAUUCGUAGAGUGUUUAUAGACUUUUUGAGAGCGCGACUCGACUACAUACCAUCAGAUUUGUUCAAAGGACUUCAUGUCACGAAAAUAUCUUUCACUAAUUGUGAUCUGAAGAAGUUCGGAGAUGAAGGCAGAUCAGCUUUAGAAGGAUUAGAGCAUAUAAUUGAGGAAUUUGCAAUACACUUUAGCUUUAACGAAGACAAUGAGCUGAAACACCUCAAUGUGUCGCAGUUGAAAGCCAUUACCGACUUAGAAAUAGAAGGUAACGAAUUAACAGAGAUGGGAAACGAUUGGUUCAAAGAUGGCCCCUCCAACGUUCGAAACUUGUUCAUAAUGACGAAUUUCAUCGAAAAGCUUGGAGACAAGGCUUUUGCGUCCUUUCGCAAUGUGAGGAAUUUGUGGCUGACUGGCAACAAAUUCAAAACUUUGAAACGAAGCAUGUUUCCAUCACCUGCUGUGCAUCUCUCAUCUUUAGAUUUGACAAACAACGAAAUUUCUACUUUGCCUGACGACAUCUUUUCAAAAAUGCCAGCCUUAAAGGAAGUUAUUCUUGCAGAAAAUGAAAUACAAUAUGUUACAGAAGCAACAUGGUCUCCUGUUUGGAGUCGAUUGAGAAGUGUUUACUUGGAAAGUAAUCCCUUAGAAUGUGACUCUGGAAUAGAAUGGAUGUUUAAAGUGUCACGACCCUAUGUAUUAAAAGGAACGUGUGUUGGACCCAAGAAUCGAAAAGAUGUUGCGUUGAAAAGGAUUAUUGAUGACAAACAACAGGAGGAUUUAUACGAUGAUUGAUAAUUUUUUCUUUUAAUGCUUUUGAAUAGUAAAUUCAAUAUAUUGCCACGUAUUAGACUGGUUUAUAAUAAACGAUCUUGUACGUUU